CUAAACCAAUAAUACCAAAGAAAUCCAAUGGAGCAUCAUCUUCUUUGUACUUUUUCAUCUUUACUACUACUCUUCUUAUUCUUAUUCAGUUCAAUUCCUGUAACCAGCCAAUUCCCAUUUGGCAGCAACAAACAAGCUCAUAAUUAUUCAAAUGUCUCCUGUGUUGAGAAUGAACGACAAGCACUUCUUCAAUUCAAGCAUGGGUUGAUAGAUGAAUCAAAUCGUCUGUCUUCUUGGAUUGGAGAAGAAUGUUGUUCAUGGGAAGGCAUUAGUUGCCACAAAACCACUGGUAGUGUUUUGAAACUUGAUCUACGCAAUACGGUGCCAUUUGAUGAUUCUGAUGAUGAUUACUUCAAAAAUUGCUUGGGAGGCCAAUUAAGUCCAUCUUUGGUCAAUUUGACCAAUUUGCGAUAUUUGGACCUGAGCUCGAAUAUUUUUUCAGGAAUCCAAGUUCCCGCAUUCUUUGGAUUGUUGAAAAACUUGAGAUACCUCAAUCUCUCAAGUGCAAGAUUUGAUGGUGAAAUUCCCCACCAUUUAGGAAACCUCUCGCAUUUACGGUAUUUGGAUCUUGCGUGGAAUUCAUUGAGCAUUAAGGAUCUCGGGUGGGUUGCUGGGCUCUCUUCUUUAGAAGGCCUAGUCCUGUCCAAGUUGAACCUUACAGCCGCUCAAGAUGGGUUACAGUCAAUUAACAUGCUUCCUUCACUAACAACACUAGACUUGAAUGCUUGUGAGCUCUUCAUCCAUCCUCAUCUUUCACAUGUCAAUUUCACAUCUCUUGCUUUCCUUGAUCUCAGUUUGAAUAAAUUCAACAACUACAGGGCCCCUCCUUGGCUCCGUAAUCUUACUGGCCUCCAUGAUCUUCGUCUUGGUAGUAAUUCUCUUUUUGAUUCAAUUCAUGGUCUGUUUGACCAAAUGACCUGUCUCGUUCAUCUCAAUCUAUCUUCAAACCACUUUUGUAAUGCAAGCAGUCUUACUUAUUUGGAUCUGAGUUGGAAUAAUUUGCAAGGGUCAAUACCAAGUGAAAUAGGCCAACUUAUAAAUCUUACUUAUUUGGAUCUGAGUCACAAUAAUGUGCAAGGGUCAAUACCAAGUGAAAUAGGCCAGCUUUCAAAAUUAACUAACCUAUUAUUGACCCGUAAUAGCUUAAAUGGUACCAUACCGACCAAUCUUGGGCAGCUGACGAAGCUACAAGCAUUUGACGUUAGAAGCAAUUCAUUAACUGGGGUCCUAUCUGAAGACCAUUUUGCGAAACUCCGAGAGCUGAAGUACCUGGACCUGACCGGAAACUCACUCGCUCUGAACGUGAGCUCCUCAUGGGUUCCUCCUUUUCAACUUCAAGAAAUUUGGAUGCAAUCCAUCAUUGUGGGACCCAGGUUUCCAGCUUGGCUUCGGACGCAGAAUGAGCUUGAGGUGUUGGACAUGCGGAACGCGAGCAUUUCAGGUGCCAUACCGAGCUGGUUUCUCUCUAAAAACAAAUCGUUUCCGUUGGGUUUAUAUCUUUCACACAAUUUUCUUGCUGGACAUAUUCCGCAGCUUCAACGUGUGCUGUCGGUUCUCGCACUAAAUGAUAACCGUUUCACAGGUACUAUCCCUGAAGACUUGUGCAAGUCGGAAAAUUUAUCAGAAUUGGAUCUAUCCAACAAUCUUCUGUCCGGAAGAGUUCCUCUGUGUCUAGGAAACUUGCGAGACCUGCAGUACCUAUUCUUGGCAAAUAACAGUCUAUCCGGUCAAAUUCCGAGUUCACUGGGUAACUUGUGGGGACUUUCUUAUCUGCAUUUGAAUGCAAAUAAAUUCGUUGGGAAGCUCCCUGCCUCAAUGCAGCAUCUCAGCAAUUUGCUAAUUUUUGAUGUCGGUGACAAUGGACUGAAGGAUACCAUACCAGCUUGGAUUGGGGAAAAGUUAUCAGAGUUAAUGUUUCUACGAUUUCAGUCAAAUAACUUCCAUGGACCCAUUUCCGAUACACUCUGCCAACUCUCACAUCUUCAAGUGCUGAACUUAGCACAUAAUAACUUGAGUGGAUUUAUUCCUCGCUGCUUUAACAACAUUACUGCCAUGGUAUCAAGUCAAGAUGGAGGUUGGCCAUUGAAUCACAACAAAGCCUUCAAGACAUUAAGGGAGGAAGAGAAGUUGAGUAUGACGCAUCGAGCCUUGAGCUUGUUAAUUCCGUAA